AUAGGAACGACAGGAGUCAUGGCUGCCAAGAGAGAACCGAGCAGCGAUGAUGAAUCUUAUGAAGUAUUGGAUCUCACAGAAUAUGCUAGACGACACCAUUGGUGGAGUAGAGUGUUUGGACGAAACUCUGGUCCCCUUACAGAAAAGUACUCUGUAGCUACCCAGAUUGUAAUGGGUGGAGUAACAGGCUGGUGUGCAGGCUUUUUGUUCCAGAAAGUUGGAAAGCUUGCCGCAACGGCAGUUGGGGGCGGCUUUCUUCUACUUCAGAUUGCCAGCCAUGGGGGUUAUAUACAGAUAGACUGGAAAAGGGUGGAGACGGAUGUUAACAAGGCUAAGAGGAAGAUAAAGAAACAGGCAAAUAAAACUGUGCCAAACCUCAACAAUUUAAUCGAAGAGUCAACAGAUUUUAUUAAGCAGAACGUUGUCGUAUCUGGUGGAUUCAUUGGUGGUUUCUUACUGGGUCUUGCCUCUUAAGAACCGAAGGUGAAGCAGAAGCUGAGAAUUCUCACAGGACUGGAAUUUGAGUGAAAGUAAAAAUCAAGAUGAUGGGAAAUACCUGUCUGCUAACAAAGAUGCCUUGUUUUGUUUUUCUUUAGAGCGGGUUU